AUGGAUGCUCAGACCAGACAGCACUACCUGGCUGACUCGCCGCCCAGUGUUGUGAGGCUGGAGAUCAAGCCUCAUUUUGAGGCUUUGAAGGAUGAGAGUCUGAAGCGCUAUGCUCAUUUCAUGAGCAGAGCUGCUUUUCAAGGCACGCGCAUUACCUUACGCCAGAUAUCUCCUGAGUCGGAGCCCAUCUAUGACUUGAUCAUUUCUCUAUACAAGGCAGUCGACGGAAACUGGCGCACUCUUGCAGAGAAGACUGGAGUCAGCGACCAGGACUUACAAUAUUUCCUAGAAUAUGCCGCUCAAUUCCUCGGCAAUUGCGGAAACUAUAAGGGAUUUGGAGACUCGAAAUUCAUUCCAAGACUGUCUGUCGAAGCUUUUAAAUCGCUUGCUUCCGUCACCCCUGAGACACAAGCGGCUUUUGACAAGGCCAACGGCACUGGUGCUGGAAUCUAUGAAACCAGCGAUGUUGGCUUGAUGCAUCUGGGCUAUCCAGACAAGGGCCAUCUAACAACCUACUACCCCGACUCUCCCGGAAUAACCAAAGAUGAAAUCAUAGCCGUGGGAGACUUCCUCGAGAAAAAAGGGCUGCCAGUUGAGAACACGAGGCUACGGAAAACGGCGGGCGGGGAUUUCGAGCUUCUAAUUGCAUCCGGUCUCUCCUCACCUCCGUCGCAUGACCGAGACCUUGGGGAGGAAGAUACAUGGGUUCUAGAAGGCCCCGUUGCAGGAAAGAAGCUUAGUCUAGUCUUUGGUGAUUAUCAGAAUGAAAUGGCAAAAAUUGCCCAUAGUGUCAAGCAGGCAGAAUUGAAUGCUGCCAACGAUACACAGAAAAAAAUGUUGGAACAAUAUGCCAAAUCUUUUGGCACGGGGUCCAUUGAAGCGUACAAAGAAAGCCAGCGCUUGUGGGUUAAAGAUCAGAAGCCCGCGGUUGAGACAGACUUGGGCUUCGUUGAGACCUACAGAGACCCUCAUGGCGUUCGAGGAGAGUGGGAAGGUUUUGUUAGCAUGGUUAAUCUGGUACGCACUAGGACUUUUAGUGACCUGGUGAACGGUGCGGCACAAUACAUCGUCCGGCUACCUUGGGGCAAAGAAUUCGAGAAGGACAAAUUCUUGAGCCCAGACUUCACAUCCCUUGAAGUCAUGACUUUUGCUGGAUCCGGCAUUCCGGCAGGUAUCAAUAUUCCCAAUUAUGAUGAUAUUCGACAGAAUCUUGGUUUCAAGAAUGUUUCACUGGGCAAUGUUCUAAGCGCAAAAGCCCCGAACGAACCAAUUCCCUUCAUCGCUGCUCAAGAUUUGGAUGUGUACCAGCGUUAUCGGGACGAAGCUUUUGAGGUUCAGGUAGGCCUCCACGAGCUACUUGGACAUGGUACGGGAAAACUCUUGCAAGAGACUGCCCCGGGAGUGUACAAUUUCGAUAUCUCCAACCCACCCACUAGUCCGAUUACCAAUAAACCCAUUUCUACCUGGUACAAGCCGGGUCAGACGUGGAGCUCGGUCUUUGGAGCUAUUGCCUCUUCAUACGAGGAGUGCCGUGCAGAGUGCGUAGCCAUGGCUUUGAGUUGCGACUUUGAUAUUCUCAAGAUAUUCGGCCAUGGCGAUGGCAAAACCGAUCUUAGCAAUGAUGCCGGUGACGUACUGUUUGUGGCGUACCUGCAGAUGGCACGAGCUGGCGUUGUUGCUCUGGAAUUCUGGGAUCCCAAGAGCAAGAAAUGGGGCCAGGCACACAUGCAAGCCCGCUACAGUAUUCUACGAACAUUCCUCGAAGCAGGCGACGAUUUUGUCAAGCUGGUACACUCCAAGGAAGAUCUGUCAGAUCUCGAAAUCCACCUGGAUCGGUCCAAGAUCCUUACUCACGGACGGCCUGCUGUGGAGAGAUACUUGCAGAAACUGCAUGUUUACAAGUCUACAGCUGAUGUUGUCGGCGGCACCCAGCUGUACAACGACAUAACAUCGGUUGACGAGUGGUGGGGAACCAAGAUUCGAAGAACUUACACGAGACCGGUAGCGCGCCCCUCAGCGCUGCCUUCUUUGGAAUCUACUGCCACCGUGGAGGACUUUCCAUACACGUCGCCGCCAGCUCACCCACCUCUCUCCGAGGCGUCCUCAUCCUCGUCCCGCGCCUCUUCUCCGCGCCCCCCGCCGUUCUCAUCGCUAUACAUUGCGCCAAACUCGGAAGUCAAUCGUUUCAAAGCAGCCGUUACUGAGGCCCAGGGCGCCUCUCUACGCGCGUUCGCCCCGUCGCCACCAGUCGAAGACCAAUCGCUCCCGGAAUCUUCUUCAGUAGUCGCGGAUACGAAAGCGGAUCUUGACUGUGCAGACAAGAAGGGCGAAUCGUCAGGAAAGGCUCCAGACGACGGAGAACCCCCUCCUCCUUAUACCGAAGGAUUUAGUCCGCUUGAAUCGUUCUCCUACGUCAUGGCAGUCGCCGGCGGUGCCGCAAGCAUCAUUACCCAGGUGCAACAGACGGGUGGUCCUCCCAUAAACACACUAGGGGAUGUGAAUGGAGACGAGCACAUCACAUUAGAUCUCAGGGGCACCCGGUUCACUCUUUCUCGAGACGAACUCCUGACGCUACCGGAGUUUGUUUUGCUUUCUUUAUUCCCUAAUGGCUUGCUUCCUGACGGUCACAUGGGGGGCUUUCAUGAUGGCGAUAUCUAUCCUGUGGAUUAUGACCCAAGCUCCCUGCAAUACAUGCUGGAUUUCUUCCGCGCGGUUGCUCAAUCAAUCCCUUCUGCAUCACCGUCUCCGUCAGGUUCGCCUGAAAUGGAUGCCAAUGACUCGAUGUAUAGCUCAACACGAGACAUGUUGCAGGACAGGGCAGGUAUCAUUGUUCUUCGUGAGGAUCUGGAUUUCUACGUUAUCCCGCCGCGGGCAGACUUAGGACAGUCUGAGAUGACCAGUGUCAAGCGGGCUGCAGCUCAAGUUCUCCUGUGUCAGGACGGGAUUUUCUCCGGUCUCCGAAAAAGUGAUGAAGUAGGCAGCACUGAACAGCAUCUCAUUGAGAUGUUGACUGCAGGUGGCUUCAACCACGAUGAUUCGUGGGGACAUCGUGCUCCCGAGCCCAACAAGGCAGUCAUUUCUAGUUUGGCGCUGGCAAAACUGCGUACGGAUGUGCGGGGAGAUAUCAAUAGCAACGCGUCGGUGGGCAUGGCCCAAAAGCUUCUCCUCUUCUGGAGGAAGCCUGCUAGACGUUGCUGGUGGGAAGGCAUCGAACUGGAGAAUGUUGAUGGUGUCGAGGGCAAACUAAAGGUCUGGAUCCGCCGAGUCUGGACUCUCGAGAUGGUAAAGUGA